AUGUGUGGGGGGGAAAUGAUGAUGCGAGUACCCCUGUGCCACGUUCUCGCUGGUGUGCCUCCAAUCCUGUUUUUGUUUUUUUUGCCUUUUGUUUUCAAUUGGAUCCCACUACAGGAACCGAUACCAAGAGAGAGAGAGAGAGAGAGAGAGAGAGAGAGAGAAAGAGAGACCAAGAAUGGAAAGGGCUGUUUUGUUCCUGUUGAUUCCUCCUUUUGCCUGAUAUUGAGUUAUCCAAUUCCGCUGGAAGUAGGCUCAAGCCAUGUCAUUUGCGGUAUCCCUUUUCUUUUUUUUCUAUGUUUCUUGCUUUCUUGUCGCAGAAGGAUAUUUUUAUUUUGUUUUUGUUUUUUUUUUGGGGGGGGGGGGAGGGCGGAGAAAAACAUGUCUUCUGUCAGCCGUGCGCCAUGGCGACGACUCCUCUUUCUUUUCAUCUCUACACUUUUCUGCGCACUGCGGUCGCCAGCGAUGGCCGACACCGUGACGCUGACGGACCCCACCACGGGUGAAGUGGUUCUGCUGACGUCUGGCAAGUUACACUCCUCCGCGACUUCGUCUUCUUCUGUUGUGGGGCUGUGGCCACACGGAGACGGGCGCGAUGAUGACACCGCUUUCUUCAAGAGGGAAGAUGACGCGUACGAGGAGUGGACGAAGAAGAAGAAGAAACAGAUGCAGUGGGAGCAACAGCAACGGAAAGAAAACGAGAACGAAGGCAAAGACAAUGACAAAAAGGAGAGUUCCAAGAAGGCGUCGAGAUCAAAGUUGGAGGAGUUUUCGGCGGAGGCUGUGAAGUCCCGUAGUAAAGCCCGUCGCCAACACCUCAACGAACUCAAAAACAUCUCUUCUUUUGAAAUUGCAUGGA